AUGUCGGUAACGCCUAGUAAUUUGUCAGUCAAUGGGACGAGCUUCUUUGCUGAAAAUCACAGCAUUAUGGAUAAACCCAGUGAGCAGAGAACUUUGAAUGUCUUUCUAUUCUGCUUGACUUUUGUCAUUGCAUUCACGGCGCUUCUGGGCAGCAUUUAUUCACUAGUUUCUCUGCUGAAAAUGCAAAAUAAAACCACGAUUUCAAUGAUUGUGACCUCUUUGUCAAUAGAUGAUUUGAUCAGCAUUGUGCCAGUGAUUAUUUUCAUGCUCACCCAGUGGUCAAGUGACGUCCUUCCACAGCCUCUGUGCACCACCUCAGCACUUAUAUAUUUAUUCCAGGGCAUUUCUAGCAAUCUUAAAGGGUCUCUUAUAGUUUCAUACAACUUCUACAGCAUCAAUAAAACUGAGACAGUCAGCUGCAGCACUUCCAAACGGCGAGUGAGCAUGGUGUGGGCAAUUCUCACCAUUUGGAUUGUCAGUUUGCUGAUCUGCAUUUUGCCUCUCUGUGGUUGGGGCAAGUAUGUCCCCACCUCCUGGGGUUGCUUCACUGACUGUGCCAGCUCCUACAUCUUGUUCUUAUUUAUUGUCUACUCACUGUGCUUUUGCCUCCUCACAGUGCUGUCUGUCCCUCUGACUUACCAGCUGUUGUGCUCAGACGAGCAACAGCUGUUGCACAUCGAUUACCAGGAAAUCUCUCGAGGCUACAUCACCCCUGGGACACCUGCGGGCUGCAGUACUACCACCCCAUCUCUGUCACCGGUGGACCCUGUGGAUAAAACCUUGAAGCAUUUCCAAAACACAUAUCCAAGCUCGGAGGCGGUUUUGAGGAAAGGUGUGGCUGAGAGCAGCGGCCUCGAGCGCCGCUGUGGGAACAGUGCACAGAGCAGGAGCUUCACAGUGGGCUUCGCCCAGAAACGAUUCUCACUGAUUCUUGCAUUGACAAAAGUCAUUCUCUGGCUUCCAAUGAUGAUACAAAUGGUUGUCCAGCACAUCACUGGCUUUCAAAGCCUUUCAUUUGAGACUCUUAGCUUCCUGCUGACUUUGCUGGCUGCCACCGUCACCCCAGUAUUUGUCCUGUCAGAACACUGGAUCCACCUGCCCUGUGGCUGCAUCAUAAACUGCAGAAGGAAUUCGUAUGCUUUGUCUUCAGAAGAACUCAAAACCAGACGCAGGGGUUUCGAAUUCAACCUCUCAUUCCAGCAAGGCUACGGAAUCUACCGAAUAUCCCCCGAAAACCACCACCCCGACGGCGACGGUAAAUCCGCGUCCUGCCCCAGCCUGGGGAGCCCCGGGAGCGCGCCCGGCGCCCCGCAGCCGCCCUUCAGCACCGCGGCGGCGGACAGCUCCCGCGCGGCCGGGCCGGGCCGGCGGCUGCCGCAGGCGGAGGCGGCCGGCGCCGAGCCCCCGGGCUGGGAGUGGUGCCGCAGCAGGUCGGAGCGGGCCCCUCGGCAGCGAUCAGGUGGGGCCUUAGCUAUUCCCCUGUGUGCAUUUCAAGGAACUGUGUCUCUUCAAGCACCCACAGGAAAAACUCUCUCUUUAUCUACGUACGAGGUAAGCACUGAAGGACAAAAAAUAACACCCACGUCAAAGAAAAUUGAAGUUUAUCGAUCUAAAAGUGUUGGUCACGAGCCAAACCCAGAAGAGUCUCCUAAUACAUUUGCUGACACAAGUGUUAAAAUUCAUUUAGAAGUUCUUGAAAUCUGUGACAAUGAAGAGGCCCUGGAUACUGUGUCAAUCAUCAGUAACAUCAGCCAGUCGUCCACACAGGUGAGGUCUCCAUCCUUACGUUAUUCACGGAAAGAAAACAGAUUCGUCUCAUGUGAUUUAGGGGAAACUGCUUCCUACUCUCUCUUCAUACCAUCAAACAAUCCUGACAGCGAUAUUAACAUAACAAUUCCGGACACGGUCGAAGCUCAUCGGCAGAACAGUAAAAAGCAACAUACGGAAAGAGGUGGCUAUCAGGAAGAAAUACAAAUGUUGAACAAAGCAUACAGAAAACGGGAAGAAGAUGACAACAACAAUUAA